CAUUAGUGAGCCAAAUGGAUUUCUUCUGACAAGUAGCAAAUCAGACAAUUAUAUGGUUAUUAUUAGAUUCUUAAUCCAGAUUCUUAAAAAAAAUUAAACUCAAAUUGAAUUGGUCUCUGGCUUAAUAGUCUAGUGAUAAUAUCACUAGGCCAUCGUCUCCCUGAUUUAGCUAUUAAUCAAAUAAAAAUAACACACUGCAGAUGCUUGAAAUCUGAAAUAAAAACUGAAAAUGCUGGAGACAUAGUACCACAGAAGAUUCACUGGACUUACAAUGGAAAUGUAAACUCCUUCUCUGUCUACAGUUGCUGACAGAAAAUGUUGGAGAAUCUGGCAAAACUGUUUUUAUAACAAACAACCAAAUUUCUGUUUGUCUGGCCUAUAUGUGAUUUCGGACCACAACAACAGUAAACUUCCUUUCCUAAAUACUUUCUCAAACCAGAUGGGCCUUUAUGCUAGGAUAACUGAUGGUGAUCAGUAUUGCCUGAAAAUUUUCUCAGUGCAUGGACCUCCAAGGUCUGUGUGUAGCACCGACUUCUGAAAUCAGAACUUAUUAUGUUUACACACCAAUUGGUAUCAAUUCAUUUAAUUUAAAUUUCACCAACUACUGUUGUGGAAUUUGAAACUGUGUCCAGAGCAUUAGUCCGGGCCUUUGCAUUACUAGGCCAUCACCACUAUGUUACCGUUCCAGUAACUCCAAUAAUGAAACAUGUUUUUCUAUCUUGAAUACAGGAUGUCCAGGUUGAUGUGAAGGAUAAAACUGGGGACACAGCUCGUUCUUUGGCACUAAUGUAUGGUUAUAUGAAGAUUGCCAGUCUCAUUGACCUGCAUACAGCCCCAGUAUCUAAAUCAGUCCGGAGGGACACAGGAAUAGACGAAGAUUUCAGCUCCUCUGAUGAAUCCUGUUCAUUCCAACCACAUCACCCACACAGUCGUCAUCCACAUUCCCGAAGAAACAAGGGGCCCAGUAUUCAUGAUGGACCACAAGCACUAGCCCACAUCACAAGCCAUCAAACCAGGGGAUGGCCACAGCAGUAUGAAUCUGUCCCACCACAAGGGUAUGUCACAUUCAAGAACAACCAGGAUGAAGAUGAAGAGGAUAUCCGGAAUCGUGAUGUCACCUCCCCAAUUAAUGAGCAGGACAUAGAGAGCAACAGCAGUAGAGAGGAAAAUCCUUUCUGUAUCACUGAUAUUGUGACCACUCGCAAGAGCAGCGACAGCAGUGGUGAAGGGCUGGCAAAGCCAUUGGGUGUUAGUCGUGAGGGAUCCCUGGAGAGUAAUGAGGAUUCGGAUCAGUCCAGUAAAUCCUCUAUCAGGAAACAGAGGAUUCGCAGAGGUUAUAGCCGGAGCACAGAGAGCACCCACUCAGGAGGCAGUGACAUUUACACAAUUCCCAGUUCACAGACACAGAUUCCGAAUAAGGUGGUGGUGGAAUAUCAAGGGCCGAAGGACUUGCCAGAGUUUCUAGAACAGAUCGGUUGCUUGAAGUAUCUGCACAUCCUUGAGGAGCAGGACGUGGACUUGCGAAUAUUCUUGACUCUGACAGAAGCUGAUCUGAAAGAAGUAGGCAUUACGUUGUUUGGACCUAAGAGGAAGAUGACAGCUGCGAUUGCCCGCUGGCACAGUAACGCCCUGCCUCUGAGUAACACCUUAGAACAGGUCUAUGCUGACCGUCUGGAGACAGAAAUGCAGGAAAUGGCCAUUCAACUUCAUAAGAAGUGUGAGGAAGUGGAAUUGCUGAAGGGACGAGUGUCACAGGAACAGGAGCUGAGAGCUGUGGUUGAAGGAUUUUUAAUGGAGGAUAAAAUUGCCUGGAAACAACAACAGAAACAGAUUGAAGAUACACAUAGAGUCUGUCGAGAAUUAGCGAUCAUCCUUGAACAAAUCAAGGCUUGCCAGUGUGAACUAUCGGCCCGAUUUAAAGAUGGAGUGGCACAGAGGAGGAAGGCAGACCUAAAGAAACAACCAAGCAGCGUAAAGGAAGAAGGCCUUGCUAAUUGGAAAUCUGUUCUAGGAUCUCUGAAUAUAUCGGAAUUGAGUGCUACUCUUAAAGACUGUACAGGAGAAAUGGGCAAAACUAUACAAAUAGUUGAACAGAAUCUGGAAAACCUGAUAAAUUCAGACAAAGGAAGCCUGGAGUGGAGACAGAAUGCUGAUAUAUGACACGGACUCAACACUGUUAAAUGUCUAAAGGAUUCAUGGAAUCCAGUAUUAGCUAACUGGACGGAGGGUGAAAGUGCCACCCGAAGAAAAGCAGCCUUUCUCUGUUAGUUUCUAGGCCUCAGGCCUCUACAAGACCCAGGCUGACUCGGGGAUGAAGAGUAGGAAAGACAAACAGCUCAGCCCUGUACAGGCCCUAGUGAAGUGCAGAACCUGAGCAGUUAUUUUGAUGCACUGGUGUGAGAAGGAGAUGUUUGAGCUCAGCACUGAGCAACCCAUCACCAUUCUGAUGAGAUGUGCCUCUCUGGUUGACUGGACUCUGGAGGUGAUGCUUGUUUGCCCAUUAUGUCACUCUUCGGUGACUCAUCUCAAUAUUAUUUCCUGUCAACAUCUGUCCAGCUGAAGGAAGUGCAUUCUGAUCCUCUGAAAACUGAUUACUCCAGCGUUAGGGCAGCCAGGUUAGACGCAGAUCCUUUCUUCACAGUCUCAAUGUAACUGGAAAUAUGUUAGUCAAAAGUUGCAGUGGUGACAUGGAAUUGUAUAUGAGGGAGUAUAUGCUGAAAAGUGAAACUAUUUGGCCAGCGGUGAUCAACGACAUGAAACCAACGUUUACGUGUCCAUAGGGGAAUUAGAAGGCUAUAACUGAACAUUCAGCAGAAACCAAUAUUUGAAUGUGAACAGUGACCAUAUGAAGAUCAGGUCCUGGGCUAAUGAACUGUGAGAAAGUGAGGACUGAAGAAGGGCUAAUGCCCGAAACGUCGAUUCUCCUGCUCCUUGGAUGCUGCCUGACCUGCUGCGCUUUUCCAACAACACAUUUUUCAGCUAAUGAACUGUGACCUGUUAUAGAGCUCAGGCCCUUGGCUGAUGAACUGUUACCUCAUAAAGAGCAGGAUAUUGUUUGAUGAGUGUGUGUCCUGUACUGUAUAGAAAACACUUGUCCAAAGAAUAAACCAGAGUCUAUGUGA